UUAGCGAUUUGUGGGGACGUGCUACCCCGUCUUUCUUAGCCACUUUUGGUUUUUAUCAGAAAAAAAAAAAAAUUUUGCAAUCCCCAAAAGUAGGGAAAAAUGAAAAAAUCUAUACCCGAAGAACCGAGAAUUCUUUUGAUUGGUUACAAGUGUUUCCCGGUACCACGCUUUAACGCCACGUGUCAAGACAAAAAAGGAAAAUUUCUCUUUAGCGGUGGUAAUAGAGAUCAAGCGAUCUCUUUCUUCCCCCUAUCGUCUCUUUUGUAGAGUUAUACCCUACACCUGCAGAUCGGCGGGUGACGUUGAGGUUCGCUAACGUGCGCCAUGGGUGGCGGCAAGAGAAGGUUAAGCAGGAAGAUCAGUAAGGGAGGAGGCUCUUGUCGAGCUUUCUUCGUUGAUGGAGGUUUCUUAUCUGAAUGGCAGAACGAUUCUUCUUCGCCCGGUUCUGCCCGAGGGAAAACCCCAAGGGACAAUGGUAAAUCUGCAUCGAAAUCCAGCAAAUUUGAUAAGCCUGAGGCUUCUGAUUCACGGGACGGAUCUCGAAGACCGAGUGGAAAUUCUUUUGGGUACGAAUAUCCAGUUGUUGAUGUUGAGGACCUUAUGCGAUUGGAAUCAGGUAUUGAUGGGAAUGUUAAAGGUGGUGAUGUAGAUGAAUCACGUCCCAUUAUUUUACUUGAUUCUAAGGAAACACAAGUUGUCGCCUAUGUAGAUGAAACGCCUUGCACAAAGUCAUGUGGUGGGGAUUACACUUACGAAUAUGGGUCGAAUUUUGUGCUGGGAGAGAGCUUUCACAGAGGGUUGGGGUUUGUCAAUGAGCCGGAGGAGACACCGACUGGAAUUGGGUCUUCCUCGGCGAAGGAGGAAGAGAGAGAAGGGUUAGGAUUCAAUUCAUCCUCUACCGAAAAGGAAACUAAUACUCGGAAGAGUUCCAGUCACAAGCAACGUGGUCAAAAGAGUGAAGUUUUUGUAUUCGAGGGUUCACCUUCUGAGAGGAAUUCUGGUUUUUUGUCUAUUGGAGGCAUGAAACUAUACACGGAGGACAUUUCUGAUGAGGACGAGGAAAGUGAUGAGUUUGUAGAUGAUGACAGAGAUUCAGUUGAUGAAGGAAGCUCAGGUUCUUCUGAGGAAAGUGACUCAGAUGGCUCAUCUGGAGGUGAUGAUUUGGAGGGGAUGUCGUCUGCUACUGGUUCUGAUGUUGAUGAAGAGAUUGCAGAAGAUUACUUGGAAGGAAUUGGUGGAAGCUAUGAGUUAAUGAAUUCCAAGUGGUUGGUGGAUCAAGCUUUGGAUGUCUCAGAUGAAGAUGGUUCUUCCAGCAGUCUCAGUGAUGAGAGUUUAGAAAUGUUUGAAGGGCUUGCUCUGCAAAAUUCAUCUCAGGAAUAUGGUAUGAAGCCAAGAUCAAGAAAAAAGGCUCAUCAGGGGUCUGAUAGAGCUGGAGCAAUGGACGGUGGGUCACUGAUUCUGGAUGAUCUUUUAUUUAUGAAGGAUUCUAGAAAAAUUUUGUCUAAAAAGAAGCAUGCUGUUAGGGUUCCACAGACUUGGCCUGUUGAGGGUCAAAAGAGUAAGAAAUUCAGAAAUGUUCCAGGUGCAAAAAAGAAACAUAGAAAAGAAACAAUUGCACUAAAGCGUCGAGAGAGAAUGAUGCGCCGUGGUGUUGAUCUUGAACAAAUAAAUUCAAAAUUAAGGCAGAUGGUCCUGAAUGAGGUCGACAUAUUAUCAUUCCUACCAAUGCAUUCACAUGAUUGUUCCCAGGUACAAAAGCUGGCAUCAAUUUAUCGCUUACGGAGUGGUUGUCAAGGUUCUGGCAAGAAGAGAUUUGUCACAAUUACACGAACUGGGCAUACUUGCUUGCCAUCUUCAGCUGAUAAACUCCGCUUGGAAAAGCUACUGGGAGUUGGGGACGAGUAUGGUGAUUUUGCAGUCAAUGAAGAACCUAAAACAUUUGAGAGAAGCAGAACUAAAAAGGUCACGAAGUUGAGUGGUUCAAGUCCACCAGGAUCACAUCAGUCUUUUCCAAGGAAGUCAAAGAAGUUGGCCAACCACCUCGGCAGCAAUGAGCCAAGUGGGAGGAAGCGUACCGGGAGACGAGGCCCCUUGUAUGCCAAUCAACCAGUGUCGUUUAUCUCAAGUGGAGUCAUGCGGGUUGAUGUUGUGGAGGAGAUUACAACCCCUGAAUCAAAUAAGAAUAACAGCUCUAUUGAAAGCAAGGAUGUCUCAAACUCCUCCAAGUUAGGAGCAUUUGAGAUGCACACAAGGGGAUUUGGAUCAAAGAUGAUGACCAAGAUGGGAUUUGUUGAAGGGGGAGGGCUGGGAAAAGAUGGCCAAGGAAUGGUGGAGCCUAUAGAAGCUAUUAAACGUCCCAAAUCACUAGGAUUAGGUGUGAACUUUUCAAAAACCGAUGAUGACACUGUCAGAUCCAAACCUGAACAAUUUAGGGCUUUUGAGAAGCACACGAAAGGGUUUGGGUCAAAGAUGAUGGCAAAGAUGGGAUUUGUUGAAGGGGGAGGGCUGGGAAAAGAUGGCCAAGGAAUGGUGGAGCCUAUAGAAGCUAUUAAACGUCCCAAAUCACUAGGAUUAGGUGUGAACUUUUCAAAAACCGAUGAUGACACUGUCAGAUCCAAACCUGAACAAUUUAGGGCUUUUGAGAAGCACACGAAAGGGUUUGGAUCAAAGAUGAUGGCAAAGAUGGGCUUCGUCGAGGGCAUGGGCUUGGGCAGAGAUUCACAAGGUAUGGUUAACCCAUUGGUUGCAGUCAGGCUCCCAAAAUCCCGAGGAUUGGGUGCCAAAUGAUAGAUGCUAUUUUGAUUAAUCCUAGUUAAUCUCUGUAAUAACUAAUCCGUUUCUAGCAAUCAACUCUCAUUUGUACAUGAAUAUCAGCAAUGCCACUUUCACAAUGGCAAUUCACUCCAUUGCUCAAGGAGAUUAUUAUUCUUAUUUUGAUGAA